AUGGUGGUUUCACUAUUUGACCUCUCCCUGUCCCUUGACUCUAUUCGUUUGUUUCUCCCACCUCCCCACCUCCUCACCCUCCAUCUCCCCACUCUCCCUUCCCAAUGUGUGGAUCAAUCAUUCACUCACGGUGGGCGAUGGCAUCUACGCCUGGAUGACCAAGCGUUCACAGUGGACGAUGGCUUCUAUGCCUGGAUGUACGAGCGCCAGCAGCCCAUAUGGCAGACCAUCCUCUCCUUCCUGCUCCCGGUCUUCACCGUUGCCUGCUGCCUCUUCCCCGUCUUCCCCCACUGGUGCAAGCUCGCUGUACUCUACUUCCUCCUGGGGCUAAUCGCCCUCAUCUUCCUGCUGCUAUUUGUCCGGGUGGCGGUAUUCGGAGUCAUCUGGCUGGCGGUGGGCAAGCGCGUCUGGUUCUUCCCCAGCAUCCUAGCAGAGGAGGGCUCGCUGGCAGAGCUUUUCCGCUUCUGGCCGGAUAAGGACGACCAGCCGCCCGCAAAGAUCACCACGCGGCUGGCGGUGGCUGUGAUGCUGGGGUUCACCUUCUGGCUCAUGGUCACCUAUGCUCCCGAUCAAGAGCAACGAGCCAAGUACCAGAAGAAGGUGUCCAACAUCAUUGACGAUGUCUUACAAUGGAAACCGCAGAUGCUUGCAGGGAAGACAACGCCAGCCGCCCCUGUCAAUGCCACAUCAGCAAAUCAGACCUCUGCUAACGCCACUGCUGACAAUUCAACAUCUCCCAACGCAAGCGCUGAUGCCAAGACAGGUGCCACCAGUGGUGCCAGUACUGAAAACAGUGGCAGCUUCGAUGCCAGUGCUGGCAAGGAGGAUGUGUCUGAACAGGCUGACGACGAGCCUGUGGAUCCGAAGCCCGAGAUUGAGGAGGGGUGCCGGCCGAAGUGUGUGAAGCAGCUACUCGCGUACGAGGCUUGUGUGAAGAGGAUCGAAGGCGACGAGACUGGGGAGAAGCAUUGCACUGGCCAGUACUUCGACUACUGGGCGUGCAUUGAUAAAUGCGUGAGUUUCUCGUUUUCUUGCAAAUGA